GGAGGCGUCGUCGUCCCCGGAGCGGCGCGGACCAUGCUGCUGGACGCCGGCCCGCAGUUCCCGGCCCUCGGCGUGGGCACCUUCGCCCGGCACCAUCACUCGGCCGCGGCGGAGAUGCAGGACCGGGAGCUGAGCUUGGCGGCGCAGAACAGCUUCGUGGACUCGGCGGCGGCGGCGGCUCACAUGGGCGCCUUCAAGCUCAACGCCGGAGCCCACGACCUCUCGCCCGGGCAGAGCUCGGCGUUCACCUCGCAGGCGCCCGGCUACCCCGCCGCCGCCCUGGGGCCCCACGCCGCCCACGUCGGCUCCUACUCCGGGGCGCCUUUCAACUCCACCCGGGACUUCUUGUUUCGCAGCCGCGGCUUCGGGGAUUCCUCGCCGGCCGGCGGGCAGCACGGCAUCUUCGGCCCUGCGGCCGGCAGCCUGCACCACCCGCACACGGACGCUCAGAGCCACCUCCUCUUCCCGGGCAUCCACGACCAGCACGGCCCCCACGCCUCCCAAAACGUCCUCAACGGGCAGAUGCGCCUGGGCUUGCCGGGGGAGGUGUUCGCCCGGUCGGAUCAGUACCGCCAGGUCUCCAGCCCCAGGACUGACCCUUACUCGGCGGCUCAGCUGCACAACCAGUACGGCCCCAUGAAUAUGAAUAUGGGCAUGAACAUGGCAGCCCACCACCACCACCACCCAGGUGCCUUUUUCCGCUACAUGCGGCAGCAGUGCAUCAAGCAAGAGCUCAUCUGCAAGUGGAUCGACCCCGAGCAGCUGAACAACCCCAAAAAAAGUUGCAAUAAAACUUUCAGCACCAUGCACGAGUUGGUCACCCACGUCUCGGUGGAGCACGUUGGGGGACCCGAGCAGAGCAACCAUGUCUGCUACUGGGAGGAGUGUCCCCGCGAAGGCAAGCCCUUCAAAGCGAAAUACAAACUGGUCAAUCAUAUCCGAGUGCACACGGGAGAGAAGCCCUUCCCCUGCCCCUUCCCCGGCUGCGGAAAAGUUUUCGCCAGAUCGGAAAACCUCAAAAUUCACAAAAGGACGCACACAGCAGCGGUUGUGAGCGUGGCUUUCGUGUACGGAUCCCGAGAGCGAGAAACGAUGGAGCGGUUUGGGUUGUCAGACGUGUUCAACGAGGGACCGAGAGCUGCCGGGCGAUGCUUUUCCCGGGGUGCUGGCCCGGCGCUGAGCUCCGCGGGAGCCGUCGGGGCCCGGUCGGUGGAGCCGCCCGUUUGGGACCGGCAGGCAGCGGCUCUCCGGGCACCCCCCCCCCCCCCGCACCGGGACACCCAAGGCGAGUGUGACAGCAGCCGGGAAACGGUGGAAAAACCUCGGCCUUUGCCAAGCCACCGAAAUACGCCCCUGCGAAGAGGCAAACGCUGUGAGCCGGGCUCCGAGCGCCCUGCGGUGGCUGCGCUGCCUUCAGCGGCAGCUUGUGCAGGCAGGGAGAAAGCCCCGGGCUCCCCACACCCUGCCGACCCCAUCGCCCCCACCCCUCUACCCCGUCGCUUUGGGUUUUUCGAGCUUUCUCCCCCAUGUUCAAAUCGCGAUAGUGGUGUCCCGAGCCGGGGCGGGGGGAGAAAUUGA